AGGGAGAGUCUUGUUUCCUCGCCAACAGCGCGUCAUUUUUAGCUCCAGAGCGUGUUGAAUGUCUGGAGCUGAGUUAAGAGCGGACCACCGCCGGGGUCUCUGAAUGUGUUUACCCGUCAAUUUCUCAUCUAAUACCGGGCCGGAGAGGACAUAUUAGCAGGCAUCAGAAGGCGGGGGUGAGCCGGUGAAGGUGUGGGAGGAGAUGGUUCCUUCUGCGGGAUGGACCGGAAGAAAGCCGUGCCCGGGUUCGUCCCCUGCUGUCUCUUGCUGGCCCUGUGUGUGUCUGCAGAGGUCACUGAGGUUGGGCACUUGAAUAUUGUGCAGAGUGCAGCUCCGCUCUCCUGUUCAGAAGGCUUUACAGAUCUGGGCUACUAUAAUGGCUCAGUUUCCCACACGGACUCAGGCUCCCCCUGCCUGAAGUGGACAGACUUCCCAGAUUACAUGCAGCAGUACCCAGGCCGAGGUCUGGGGGACCACAGCUUCUGCCGAAACCCAGACCGAGAGGCCAACCCCUGGUGCUUUUUCAGGCAGAGCUCAGGUGCCAUCGGCUGGGCCUACUGCGACUGCCAUCAGGGUGCAGCCAGAUUGGUGGGGGCGUCAUCCAGCAAUAGCGGGCGCCUGGAGGUGUAUCUGAAUGGCCAGUGGGGGGCAGUAUGUGAUACACACUGGACCAACCGUGAUGCCAGCGUCAUAUGCAGACAGCUCGGACUGGGUGAGAUCGGUACAGCCCUGCGGCAAUCCUACUUUGGCCCAGGUUCCGUCUUCCACUAUGAGCGUCUGGGUUGCCGUGGUAAUGAGAAUUCCCUGCUGGAAUGCCGGAGCAGGAAGUUUGUCACCAGCGACUGUAACCAUGGCAAUGAAGCAGGGGUGGUUUGUGCUGAGCCUGAAGGCACUGGCAUCCCUUUGAGGCUGGUGGGAGGCCUGGAGGACUUUGAGGGGCGCGUCGAGUUGUACCGUGAUGGCAAAUGGGGAACAAUUUGCAAUGACCGGUGGGAUGACACUGAUGCUGAGGUGGUGUGCCGACAGUUGGGCCUGGGGGGCGUGGCCAAGGCGUGGACAUGGGCCCACUCUGGCCAGAGUGCGGGUCCCAUCUUCCUGGAUGGGGUUGAGUGUUCAGGCAAUGAACUCUCCCUGGAGGAGUGUCCUCAUGACAUCUGGGACCAACACAACUGUGACCAAAUGAAAGAUGCAGGGGUGUCCUGCAACCCAUACACAGACGGUGCCGUUCGUCUGGUGGGUGCAGACAGUCACUGGGAGGGACGCGUGGAGAUUUACCACCAGGGAGAAUGGGGCACUGUGUGUGAUGACAACUGGACUGAGCUCAACGCCCAGGUAGUGUGUAGGCAGCUGGGCUUCAGAGGCCGAGCGACGGUGGCUCCUGACGGGGUCUACGAAGAAGGUCGCGGGCUGAUCCUACUGGACGAGGUGCAGUGUCGAGGAACAGAGGCCAGCUUACUGGCCUGCACCCACUCUGAGUGGGGCCAACAUGACUGCUCCCACAGUGAGGAUGUAGGUGUCCGCUGUGAGAGGGGAGGUGAUACCAACGAGAUACUCAGCCUUUUCCCUUCUAUUGGCCCUCUGGUGCGUUUGGUUUCUGGAGAGAGCAGGAAGGAGGGUAGAGUGGAGGUCUUCAUUAACGGCCAGUGGGGAAGCGUGUGUGAUGAUGGCUGGAAUGAUGUCAAUGCGGCUGUAGUUUGCAGACAGCUGGGAUUCACCGGUGUGGCUAAAGCUCGGUCCAUGGCGUACUUUGGUGAGGGGCAAGGUCCCAUCCAUCUGGACAACGUUCGAUGCUCGGGCACUGAGAUGUCCUUAGGCCAGUGUCCAGCUGUGGGUCAGGAUAGCCAUGACUGUCGCCACAGUGAGGAUGCAGGCGUCAUCUGUGACUACACCCUGGAUCCUUUGGGGGAUGCUGCCGUGGCAAUGCAGACCUGCGGCCAAAGACUCAAUAACCAGCGUCGUCGACGCAGGAUUAUAGGAGGGGAUAAGUCACUGAGAGGCGAGUGGCCCUGGCAGGUGUCUCUGUGGCUCAGGUCUCAGUCUAAAGGAAACCAUCCUCUGUGUGGAGCAUCACUCAUCAGCCCCUGCUGGGUUGUGACGGCUGCCCACUGCUUCAAGAGAUUUGGCAGAGACCCGACCCGCUACGUUUUGCGCCUGGGUGACUACCAUACCGAGGAGCAGGAUGACUUUGAACGCACCUUGUCACCGGAAUGCAUCAUUAUCCACAGGAAGUACCGCAGCCAGGGCUGGGAGUACGACAUCGCCCUGCUGCGGCUCAAAGGCACAGAGGGCAACUGUGUGGCAUUCAACCCCCACACUGGUGCCGUGUGUCUGCCAGAGGCAGGCAGCAAGUGGGAGAAGAGGCCUGCCGCCUGCGUGAUCACCGGCUGGGGCAUCACAGACUCGGAGUACUCCCGGACUCUGCUCCAGGCCUGGGUCCCCCUGCUUCCAGCCUGGAAGUGUAAGAAGCGAUACAGUGAUCGCUUCACCAGCCGCAUGCUGUGUGCCGGGAGCCUGUCGGAGCGCCACCGUGUGGACAGUUGCCAGGGUGACAGUGGGGGUCCACUGGUUUGCCAGGGGGAGGGGGGCCGUUGGGUGCUGACGGGAGUCAUCUCCUGGGGUCAUGGCUGUGGUAACCCCUCAUUCCCCGGGGUGUACACGCGUGUUAGCAGGUUCCUGCGAUGGAUUGACAAGGUCAUCAACAAACCCUACAAGACCUAAUAACGGAGAACACUCAGAGUUCUUUACCAUUGGCAUUGACAUUUCUCUUUACUGACAUUCAGCUCAGCACAGCCCUUUCACCUCACAUCCAAAACUCACCGAUGCAACCAAAACACUUACUGCACAUCUCCGAAUCCACUCUUUUGUCAUUUGUCUCCCAACAGAAACACUAGUCCCUUUCUGACCGGAGGGAUUUUUGCAGUUCCUAGAACAUAAUGUUCCUAGAACCCUUUUUUU